CUUUUCUCCCGAGUGCAGCUACCAAGGGCCUGCAUUACUUUCUGAAAAUAAUCUACCGGCCGUUCGACACAGUUGUCGUUCAAAAUAUCUUGAUUUAAGACCUCGUCAAGACUAUAAAAAUUGCCAUUUCGAACGGCCGCCAUCUUGUCAAAUUAAUUAUGCUUACGCAGCAGUUUUUGAAGAAUACCGCAGGUCAUAAUGAAUGGCGAACUAGCGUUUUCGCAUGCAAAAAUCCCAGGCGUGGAGUAUUGAUUGAACUCCUUGACAACAAUGCAAUAUUUACCAUGAGAAGAUACAUGUACGCUUAGCGCAUUUCUAUUUUUUACUAUAUUAAAUGAAGAAAAGAAGGCAAUAUUAUUUGCAUGCGAGAAUUUGAAAUAAUUCUAUUUCAAACUAAAAAUUUAUGGAUAUUAGUUUAGUUUUAUAAAGAACAUUUAAGUUUUAGAUUAUAUAAAUUGAAGCUUAUAUUACGUAUAAUAACAUACCUAACAUUUAUAUGUUUGGGAAAUUGAUAAUUUUGUAAUUAAAAGUGAUAUUUCUAGGACAUUUUUCAAAUGUUUAUAAAAAAAACUAAUCAGAUUUUAACUUGCUCUCAAUUUCGCAAAACAGCUAGUAGUAUCCAGUUUUUGAUGUAUAUAGCUUCUUUGUGUACUUGUAAUGUAGAAUAAUGGAAAAAAAAUUCUCAAACUUAAAUGUUGCGAACCAGGGGGAUGUGUCUUUUCCAACAAACUAAAUAUGGCUUGCGCACGAAAUUUAAAUGCUUUGAUCACAUUUUGAGUAAUAGGGGGAAAAUGUGUUGGGUUGUUAAUUAAUGUACAAAGCAAAUGUUUGUACAAGCCUUUAACUAUUUACUUCUUCUAAAAAAUAAGCCUUUACCAUGCUUAAUUAAUGCCCUUACCUAAUUUGCAUAUUGGUGAAAUAUGCAAAUUAGGCAAAGGCAUUAAUUAAGCAUGCAAAUAGCUGAUUUUUAGGAAAAAUGCAAGUUUGCGUAAAUAUUUAAUGGGCUUAAACUGAAGCAAAUUGUUUGAAAUUUCGUGCAGCAGUUAAACACCCAACACAUUUUUACCCAUUGUCUCAAAAUACGAUUAAAGCUUUUAAAUCUCGUGCGCAAACCAUUUUUAGCUUGUUGGAAAAAACACCCCCCUAGUUUACAAAAUUUAAGUUCAAAAUUUUUUUUAUUAUUCUACAUUAUAACCCAAUGAAGCCAUAUAUCUAAAAAACCGAAUACUAAUAGCUGUUUUGUGAAAUUGAGAGCAAUUUUAAAUUUGUUUAAUUUUUUUAUACGUCAUAAAUAAUUUAUGUUCACGAUGGCGUGCCGAUGCGCAUAAACAAAUUAUGAACAUUUCAGACGUGAAUAUUGAGUAAAUCUCUGAGAAUCUACGCAAUAUAUAAAUUGAUGUUAUGCAUUAUGGGCAUUCAAUUAAAGGGGCCCUACAGUUAUUUUUUAGUCAAGUAAGUAUUGUUUACAUUCUUGCAAAUUCUGAAAGCAUAGUUCUUUCUCUUUAGUCGGUAUAUUCAUUAUACAGAGCUGGGAAGGAAUGAGACUGUGUUGUUUUCAAAUAUAUAAACUUUUCAGACAUGAAUAAUGAGAAAAUCUUUGAGAUUUUACGCAUUGUACUCGAUAUAUAAAUUGAUGUUAUGCAUUACCGGCAUUCAAUUAAGUGCCCAUCGAUAUAUUAUUUAGACCGUGUAUUCAUUAUACAUUGACUGUAUAAGGUACGCUAGACCACAGAAUAUAGAUGGCUACACUCAUUACAAAAAGCGAAAAAUUGCAUCAACGUGUUAUCGCUAAUCGCUUGGCUAGCUCGCCAACAAACUUUAUGCAAUAGAAGAAAAAGGCAAGGAGGUAGCCAACGUCUACCGUCACGGACUUUACUGUCUAGUUUGUAUAGCACACUGACUUUACUGUCUAGUAUGUAUAGCACAACGGUGCAAACUCACAUUCAGUGCAACGAUAACUCUACCAGACCUUACGAGAAUCAAUCUGUAUUCAGGGCUGUAUCAAAGCUUGUCAAAACUGCUAUAAACACUGCUAUAACUGUGAAACUAUCGAAAUCUAAAGAGACAUUGAACUUGAACACAUGCGAAAAGCUGAAAAUGAGUCAAAUGACACAACGUGACACUAGAAAUCAAUCAAAGGUCGAUGAGACUUGUUAUUGUGAAACAUGUCACAAUUAGGUUAAAAUGUAGAAGCGAAUGGAGCGGAUUCACGGAACGGAUAUGGGAGUAAAAUACGGAACGGAUGGCGAUAAAAUGCGUUCUUUUGAUCAUAUCUUAUACAGCUAUUUCUAUUAAAGUUGUCACUGAGUCAAUAGUCAAAUGCGCAAUAUGGGCGCUAAACGAAUGAUGGAAAUAAUCAUAGAUUUAAUAAGUUUAGCAUAUCAGUAGCCUCAUGGGGAUGCUUGCAAAUGAAGUUUUAGAAUAUGCAAAAUUUUGUUGUUGGUGAAGCAAUUUAAAUUUCGAGUUGUCGCAUGUAGCAUCGCAAUAAAUAAAUAAAUUUUAUCAGUUCCAUAAGGCACACGUUUCUGAUGUGUUAAGCUUGUUUCAAACGUCGCGCUACUCGUGUGCCAAACGUAUUAAAAACAAUAAAUAAUGAGAUGAAUUGCCUUUGGUAACUGUUUAUUUCGUAGUGUAAGCCAUCAGCUUUUCUAGGUUGUCGGCGACCCUAUAGUUCUUGCAAUGUCUUUUUUAAUUUGAAACUUCACACUAUCCCUGUAUCCCUAGUUAUACAACUGUCCCCUAGUUUUCAAAAACAAUUCUCCAUAAAAAACUCAAUUCCAUUCACUAAGUAUAUUUUAAAGGUGAUUUGACCUAAAUUCAAUAAAACAAAUUAUAUUAUAUAAUAUUAAUAUUACUAACUUCACGAUUCUUGUAAAUGAAUUAAAAGUUUUACUAAAACUGGGUAGAAAAAACUGUCUAAAUAAUGUUCCAAAUCUUUUUCACUACUUUGGGAUAUUGUUUGCUUUGUGUUUGAAAUUGACAAAACAUCUGAAAAGGUUUGAUCAACUGGGAAAAAAGCCACGGUAAGCUACUGUUCAAUAUAAAACCCUGUCCUUACAUCGUAAAAUGUCGAACAAACACGUGACCCUUUGAAGACUCGUGGUUGGUCAAUUGCUUGUGAGCAUUUGAUAACAGCUUAUUUAGUCUUAUAAGUUGAUUAUCGCGAACAUAGAGUGAGUUGCAAAAGUAAGAUGGAUUUUUGAUUGGAGAAUACAUACUGAAGCGUAUCAGACGAAUUUUCUUUCUUUCAAGUUUAUUUCUGAUAUUUCUCUUUUUGAUUUAGGAAAUGACAAUCCAAUACUUGUUUCAUCUUCAUAUGAUGGAACUUUAAAAAUUUGGGAUGUAGAAAAACAUCAAGAAAUUCGUACCCUCAGUGGUCAUCAAGGUGGGAUCUAUAGUCUUGCUGUGAGCCCAGAUAUGAAGCAUAUUAUGUCCGGGGGCCACGAUAUGAUAGUGAGAUUGUGGUGUUUCCGCACUGGGGAAUUACUUUCCUGUUUUAAAGGUCACAGCGAUGUAAUCAAGUGAGUUCAUAAACCUUACCACCUCUGUGACAGCGGUACCAUUUUUCCAAUAGGGACCUUUAGUAUGUAGGAUGGCAACGCGACGACGAUGGCCAAAACAAAAUCCUUCAAAUAAAUACCUUUAAAGAAACUUGUCAUUCAUUAUUUGUUGUACGAAUUUAAUACAGUUUUAAGAGGUUAAGACGGAGAUUUAUAUUUGAGAAGGCUUCCACCAAACCAGUUUGCCGAGUACCAAUUCUUGCACGUUGUAUACAGGGUGUAUCAAAAAAAGCGCAAUCCUCGACUGAAAUGUAAAUUGCUAAACAAAUAAUAGACGAAAACGUUAAAGUUUACAUUCAUUUUAAAUCGUAGCCAUUCAGCUUUCUAACAGUGGGUUGUUUCUUAAAUUUGACUCAUUGGUUCGCGGGUAAUAAUACUUUACGUUAUUGCGAUUGGAGAUUAAAAAAAUUGAGAUAUGGAAUAACAAAUCGUUCUCAUGAAAAUAACUGAUUUUUUCAUUAAAACAAAAAAAUAUUGCAUUUUAUUAAAUGGAUUGUAACAACAAGUAUAAUUACGGCUUUUCUUCCACUAUUUUUAACUCAGUUUGAAACUUCAAAUGCGAUAUAAUUUUGGCUUGGACCAUCUAAGCUGACUGACAUCAACUUGCUAUAAUUUCUGCUUACAUUACAUCGCAAUUCGAUGACACUCUGGCUCAGACACCAGAAUGUUUUGACGAUUUUUAGCAUUCGUUUAGGAUUUUCAAACAACCUGGUCUCUUUUAAAAUUCUUUUAAUUUGUUCUUACGUGGUUUUCCAGAUGUAGUGACGACAACAUUAAAGUUUAAAGAAGAAAAUUCUAACAUUUAAACCGACUAAACAAUAACAUAGUAAACUUGCAUAAUUAAACAGCAACUAAAAAUGAUAGGUUUUACUAAAUAUUUUCCUGUGCAAUUAUUACUAGCAUUGGAGACAAGGAUAAUAGUUUGUUUGAAAGAGAAAAGAACUGGCUUUGAAGUAAGCCUAAAAGCGUUUAACUAGAAAUAUAUUUCGAAAGUUAUUAAGCACAAAAGAUGAAUUGCGUUUAUUUUGAUACACCCUGUAUACGACGUAAAAAUUAUUAGUUUGCUAGCUACUGUAAACAGAGCGAAGACGACAUUUAAAACUCCAAAGGGACUUUUAAUUAUUAAUUUCUUUAUAACCUUGUCUCGAAUUUUAUUGUAUUAACAUCCGUCGCCGUUCUGCUAGCUAAAAGUCCCGAAUGUGCAGUUGACAGAUUGAAUUUCACCUCAGUGAGUGCUUCCAGUUUUACUUUACCAAACACCAGACCUCCACUAGUAACAAUAAAGACCAAUACAAUAUGAUUUCCUUCUGCAGUACAACUGGGCAAAUUGGCGAUUGAUUUUUACUGGACCUCUAGGAAGAACAGUUUAGAAGUGCAAAAAAUAUCCAGUCUAAAUGAAGUGACUUUAGUUGAGGUCAGUCAUUUGUAGCAACAUUUGAUUAAUGUAAAAUUGCCUCAACCUUUACCAGGGCAGUUUAGAACGGAUGGACUUAUUUUGUAUAAAUAAAUAAAGUAAGUCUUAGUUAUGGUUUGUUCAAUAGAAACACUAUAGGCUAACAAGGAUGUCCUCUUUGCACUUCUAGAGAGAAUAAAUUACAAAUAAAAUUACUUUAAGUCGACAAUCAGCUUUUUGCAUUUCAGCUCUUUGUCAAUAACUUCUGAUGGAUCCAAGGCAUUGUCUGGCUCUUAUGAUCGUAGUUUUAGAGUAUGGAAUCUGGACACUAGUGCGCACUUGAAACAAGACAGAUCACGUGGUCAUACAGAAGCCGUUAUUGAUAUUGCAGUGACACAUGAUGGCUCGAGAUGUGUUUCCGCUAUGAACGAUACUUUCAAAGUAUGGAAAUGUGAAAAUGCAGAGGAAUGCUUUGCUUUGAAAGGUAAAAACAGAAUUCUCUAUUUGAGCUAGUUUUGUUCUUCAAUCGUGACGAAAUUUAUGUAUUCUUUUUAAACCGGUUACAAACAAAGCUUGUUUUUGGGAUAAGUUGUCAUAUGACAAGUUUUUUUACCUGCCUGUAGUGGCAACGUUGCAAAUUUUUUAUGACAAGUGCAGAUGUAGACUUGUCUCAGAAAAACUUGGCAAUGUUUGAAUUUUGGUUGCUGUACGGGUGUAUCGAGCAAGAUGCCAAAAAUAACGAUAAUAAUAAUAGGUAUGGUAUUUGCUGUGUUGGUGUAAUGUAUCACACCAUGGCCAGGCAUAUUUUUCAAGUCUUCCCGGUGUGGAUAUACAUUGAGAGUAGCAUCACACAAAUACAACAACAACUUUAUUGUACUUCAAAGUAUUACAAUCUUACAUAUAUUGAAAAAUACAAAUAAAUAAACCAUUGGAGAAGUACAUAUCACCUGUAAUAACCAUUAACGGCUUGCCUAGACAGGUGACAUUUAUAUUAAUACACUAUGAAUUACUCAGUUUUGAAGACAGUGAAGCUGAUAUAAACGGAACAACAUAUUACAAGCACAAACAAGAGACAUUUUGUGAGACAAAGCGAGUCUAAGUUAAUCGGUAUUAUUGUAAAUAUUAAUUAAAUACUUCUUAAAUUUGGAUUUGAAGGAAUAUUUUUCGUAGGGUUUUGAAGGAUUCAUCAAGUGAAUUCCAGAUUUUCUGACGUUGAAAUCUAAUGCCAAAUUUACCAUAAUUUGUUCGAAUUUUUGGAAGACAAUAUGAAGAUUUAGAAGCCAAACGAGUGUUAUAUUGAUGUUUACUACGAACAGGAGUAAACAUUUCAUCAAAAACGUUUCGAAGUGUUCCUUGAUUAUAUUCAUACAUAAAUAAAUAAUGCGGUAUUAAAUAAAACAACAUCAGGAACUUUUAAAAUGUUUAGUUUAAAGAAAAGGGGACUUGUAUGUGCUUGAUAAUUGGAAAAAGAUAUAACGCGUAUAGCUUUUUUUUUAAGAGUUAUUAAAGGUAUAAUAGUAGAGGUAUAAGUAUUGCCCAAUUUCAUUACUCCAUACGUCAAAAAUAGAUAUACAGGGUGUAUCAAAAUAAACGCAAUUCAUCUUUUUGCUUAAUAACUUUCGAAAUACUAUUUCUAGUUAAACGCUUUUAGGCUUACUUCAAAGCCUGUUCUUUUCUCUUUCAAAAAACUAUUAUCCUUGUCUCCAAUGCUAGUAAUAAUUGCACAGGAAAAGAUUUAGUAAAACCUAUCAUUUUUAGUUGCUGUUUAAUUAUGCAAGUUUACUAUGUUAUUGUUUAGUCGGUUUAAAUGUUAGAAUUUUCUUCUUUAAACUUUAAGUUGUCGUCACUACAUAUGGAAAACCACGUAAGAACAAAUUAAAAGUAUUUUAAAAGAGACCAGGUUGUUUGAAAAUCCUAAAUGAAUGCUAAAAAUCGUCAAAACAUUCUGGUGUCUGAGCCAGAGUGUCAUCGAAUUGCGAUGUAAUGUAAACAGAAAUUAUAGCAAGUUGAUGUCAGUCAGCUUAGAUGGUCCAAGCUAAAAUUAUAUCGCAUUUGAAGUUUCAAACUGAGUUAAAAAUAGUGGAAGAAAAGCCGUAAUUAUACUUAUUGUUACAAUCCAUUUAAUAAAAUGCAACAUUUUUUUGUUUUAAUGAAAAAAUCAGUUAUAUUCAUGAGAACGAUUUGUUAUUCCAUCUCAAUUUUUUUAAUCUCCAAUCGCAGUAACGUAAAGUAUUAUUACCCGCGAACCAAUGAGUCAAAUUUCAGAAACAACCCACUGUUAGAAAGCUGAAUGGCUACGCUUUAAAAUGAAUGUAAACUUUAACGUUUUCGUCUAUUAUUUGUUUAGCAAUUUACAUUUCAGUCGAGGACUGCGCUUUUUUUGAUACACCCUGUAUAAAAUAUCUAUGAUACUGAGUCAGUUCCCUCAAACAUUUCUUACAGAUCCUUUAAAAUUACUGCAAAAUUCCUACGGUGAUCACAGAAAAUGAAAACCACGUUUAUUAUCGAUUUCAGAUUACUUUUCAAAGCGCGGUUCCAGAGUUUGUUGUCAACUUGCCAAUUACGUUUUCAAAUUCGGAAGUUGGGCGGGAACUUCGCAACGAAGUUCGCAAGUUCAUUUUAAAGUUCGAACUUCGAUUGUGAUCAAAUGUAAAAAUUUCAUUUAUGAAUCUAUUUUCGUCUUGGCAGACCACUGGACCGAUAUUUUACCGCAGUAAUAUGUGCAUAGGGCCUAAAACAGUAAUUUCAACUCCAACUCUGAACAUUUGUUUGCACUUGCGAAGCCCAACUUCCGAACUUGACAACGUAAUUGGCAAGUUCGCAACGAACUUGGGAACAGCGUGUUGAAAAGUUAUCUGAAAUCGACAAUAACAUGUUUGAUAUGCUUUGUGUUAAUUACACAGUGAUCGUUAAAGUUUUCUACACAAGAAGGCGAAUGGUUAGUAUAUCAUACCUUGAAUCUUUGGGGUAAUUGCCGUCGCCACAGUUAUUAAUCCUUUCUUCAAAUUGCGUGGGCUGCUGAUAUCUGCUGUAAACACGUGCUUCAUACGCGGUUUUGACGCCAGUUUCAAUAGAUCUGGAUUUCGAGCUGGGAAGAGGUCGAUCACAAAUGAUUCAACUCCUUCACUACGCAAACCAGACGAUACCACUUUGAUGUUAGGAGCAGUGUUGCCAGCUGUAACAGUGAUCAGAUAUUUUUUGGAUUGAGGACGAGCCGAUGCACCAAAUAAGAUUUCAUGCGCCAAGACGAGACUGUGAUAGAGUGAUUGUGGAUUGCGGCCACUGCUUGGUGGGUAUCUGAUCAUGGUAAUCAAUCGUCCAAAAUGUUGAACAGUUUUGAAGUAGGUCAGGUCAAAGAUCAAAUUUGCAUCCUUGUCAUCAAACACAAUCAGAGCAAUCCUAUUCCCAGAGCCAGGUAAAAUAAACUUCUUUGAAACGAAUUUGACAAAGUCAAGUAAGAUCUUAAACUUGACUUCUCCAACAAUGGAAGAUCCGUCAAUUAUGAAGCCAAUGUCAGCCCCACCAAUUCUUCUCGGUCCACCAGGCCCACCAGGCCCACCUGGACCUCCGGGUCCCCCAGGACCACCAGCACCACCAGGACCACCAGGUUCGCCAGGUCCACCAGGAGGCGUUGGUCCUUUUGGACCACCAGGACCACCUGGACCUCCUGGACCACCAGGUCCACCUGGUCCACCGGGUGAUAAAGGUCCCUCAGGCCCACCAGGUCCACCAGGUCCACCAGGACCACCGGGUCCUCCAGGUCCACCGGGUCCUUUUGGACCACCAGGUGAACCAGGACCUCCAGGUGGAGUUGGACCACCAGGUCCACCAGGACCUUCAGGACCUCCUGGUCCACCAGGACCUCCAGGACCUCCAGGUCCAAAAAUACCACCUGGUUCACCAGGCCCACAUGCUGGGCCCUUUGGACCUCCAGGUCCACCUGGUCCACCAGGACCACAUUUCCCACCAGGACCUCCAGGUCCACCAGGACCACCAGGACCUCCAGGUCCACCUGGACCACCAGGCAAACCCGGCCCUCCAGGCCCACCAGGCCCACCUGGACCAUUAGGACCACCAGGAGUUCCAGGUUUAGGUGUUGGUUUUGAUGGUUCAGUUGGUUUCGGUCCACUGGGUCCUUUUGGUCCACUAGGUGCUUUCGGUCCACCAGGCCCUCCAGGGCCACCAGGUCCUCCUGGUCCGCCAGGUGCUCCAGGUCCACCAGGCCCGCCGGGUCCAUUUGGUCCACCAGGUCCACCUGGACCAUUAGGACCACCAGGACCAUUUGGCUUUCCAGGUUGUCCUGGGACAUUAGGCACACUUGGUCCACCUGGUCCUCCAGGUCCACCAGGCCCACCUGGACCACCAGGACCACCUGGCCCUCCAGGACCAUUAGGUCCUCCGGGCUGUCCAGGUCCACCAGGUGGUGUUGGACCUCCAGGGCCGCCUGGUCCAUUAGGUCCACCUGGUCCACCUGGGCCACCCGGACCGCCAGGCGAGAGAGGUCCACCGGGUCCGCUUGGACCACCAGGUCCACCUGGACCACCAGGCCCAUUUGGACCACCGGGGCCGUUUGGACCCCCAGGUUGUCCAGGACCAGAUGGCGCAACAGGUCCUCCAGGCCCACCAGGCCCACCAGACCCUCCAGGACCUCCUGGUCCACCAGGCCCUCCUGGUCCACCAGGUCCACCAGGGCCACCAAUUCCACCAGGUUCACCGGGUUUACCAGGUCUACCUGGACCCUUUGGACCACCUGGUCCUCCCGGACCGUUUGGACCACCUGGUCCACCUGGUCCCCCAGGACCUUUGGGACCACCAGGACCAUUAGGACUACCAGGUCCUCCAGGUCCUUUAGGUCCCCCUGGUCCACUGGGUCCACCAGGUCCCCCUGGACCACCAGGCCCACCAGGGCCCCCAGGCCCUUCUGGACCACCUGGUCCCUUUGGACCACCUGGACCUUUUGGUCCACCAGGAUCACCAGGUCCAUGCGUUGUUGGAGGCCCACCAGGGCCACCAGGACCACCAGGACCACCUGGUCCACCUGGACCUCCUGGUCCACCAGGACCUCUAGGUCCACCAGGUUGACCGGGCCCACCAGCAGGAGUUUUCCCACCAGGCCCACCUGGCCCACCAGGACCUCCAGGACCAUUGGGUCCUCCAGGACCUCCAGGUGUUAAUGGUCCACCAGGCCCGCCAGGACCACCUGGUCCUUUGGGUCCACCCGGGCCGUUAGGGCCGCCUGGGCCAUUGGGCUUUCCAGGUUGUCCAGGAAUGUUUGGUACAGAUGAUCCUCCCGGUCCACCAGGUCCAUUUGGCCCUCCUGGACCACCUUCACCACCUGGUCCACCUGGACCAGAAGGUCCACCAGGACCACCUGGACCACCUGGACCACCUGGUCCACCAGGCUGCCCUGGACCACCUGGUUUUGUUGGUCCACUAGGUCCACUUGGUCCGUUUGGCCCACCAGGUCCAUUUGGUCCACCAGGUCCAUUUGGUCCACCAGGACCACUUGGCCCUCCAGGCCCAUUUGGACCACCUGGACCACUAGGUCCUUUGGGUCCACCAGGUCCGCCAGGUCCACCAGGUCCUCCAGGACCACCAGGUCCACCUGCACCGCCAGGUCCCCCAAGACCACCAGGACCUUUUGGUCCACCAGGAUUACCAGGUCCAUGUGGUGUUGGAGAUCCACCAGGCCCGCCAGGGCCACCUGGUCCUCCAGGUCCACCAGGACCUCCUGGCCCACCAGGACCUCCUGGUCCACCAGGUUGACCUGGUCCUCGAGGAGGUGUUUUUCCACCAGGUCCACCAGGACCACCAGGCCCUCCAGGUCCACCAGGUCCCCCUGGACUGCCAGGCGACAGUGGUCCACCAGGCCCACCAGGACCGCCUGGCCCGUUGGGUCCACCUGGGCCAUUGGGGCCACCAGGGCCAUUGGGUUUUCCAGGUUGUCCUGGAACGUUUGGCACAGUUGGUCCUCCUGGCCCGCCAGGGCCUUUUGGUCCUCCAGGACCACCUUCACCACCAGGUCCACCUGGACCAGAAGGUCCACCAGGCCCACCUGGACCUCCAGGUUGACCUGGACCACCUGGUUUUGUUGGUCCAUUAGGUCCACCUGGCCCAUUAGGUCCACCAGGUCCAUUAGGCCCACCAGGCCCUCCAGGCCCACCGGGACCUCCAGGGCCUUUAGGUCCACCAGGUGUGUUUGGUCCACCAGGUCCAUUUGGCCCUCCUGGACCAUUUGGCCCUCCAGGCCCAUCUGGACCGCCAGGCACACUAGGUCCUUUCGGACCACCUGCUCCACCAGGUCCACCAGGUCCUCCUGGACCUCCAGGUCCUCCUGGACCACCAGGUCCUCCUGUACCACCAGGUCCACCGGGACCAUUAGGACCGCCAGGACCAUUUGGUUUUCCAGGUUGUCCUGGAACAUUAGGCACAGAUGUACCACCUGGUCCACCAGGUCCACCAGGCCCACCUGGACCUCCUGGACCACCUGGCCCUCCAGGGCCACCUGGCCCUCCAGGACCAUUGGGUCCUCCGGGCUGUCCAGGUCCACCAGGUGGUGUUGGACCUCCUGGCCCACCUGGUCCAUUAGGUCCACCUGGUCCAUUUGGCCCACCUGGACCACCAGGUGAGAGAGGCCCACUGGGUCCUCCUGGACCACCAGGUCCACCUGGACCACCAGGACCAUUUGGACCACCAGGGCCGUUUGGACCCCCAGGUUGUCCGGGACCAGAUGGCGUAACAGGUCCUCCAGGACCACCUGGUCCACCAGACCCUCCAGGUCCACCAGAUCCGCCAGGGCCUCCUGGUCCACCAGGUCCACCAGGGCCACCAAUUCCACCAGGUUCACCGGGUUUACCAGGACUACCUGGACCCUUUGGUCCACCUGGUCCUCCAGGACCAUUUGGACCACCUGGUCCACCUGGUCCCCCAGGACCGUUGGGACCACCAGGACCAUUAGGACUACCAGGUCCUCCGGGUCCUUUAGGGCCACCUGGUCCACCGGGUCCACCAGGUCCUCCUGGCCCACCAGGUCCACCUGGACCACCAGGCCCUUCUGGACCACCUGGUCCCUUUGGACCACCUGGACCUUUUGGUCCACCAGGAUCGCCCGGUCCAUGCGUUGUGGGAGGCCCACCAGGGCCACCAGGACCACCAGGACCACCUGGCCCACCUGGACCUCCUGGUCCACCAGGACCCCUAGGUCCACCAGGUUGACCUGGACCGCCAGUUGGAGUCUUCCCACCAGGACCACCAGGUCCACCAGGACCCCCAGGACCACCGGGUGUUAAUGGACCACCAGGCCCACCAGGACCUCCUGGUCCUUUGGGUCCACCUGGGCCAUUAGGGCCACCAGGACCAUUUGGUUUCCCAGGUUGUCCUGGAAUGUUUGGUACAGAUGGUCCUCCGGGCCCACCAGGUCCUUUUGGCCCCCCUGGACCACCUUCACCACCUGGCCCACCUGGGCCAGAAGGUCCACCAGGACCACCUGGACCUCCAGGCUGCCCUGGACCACUUGGUUUUGUUGGUCCACUAGGUCCACUUGGUCCGUUUGGCCCACCAGGUCCAUUUGGUCCGCCAGGUCCAUUUGGUCCACCAGGACCACUUGGCCCUCCAGGCCCAUUUGGACCACCUGGACCACUAGGUCCUUUGGGUCCACCAGGUCCGCCAGGUCCACCAGGUCCUCCAGGACCACCAGGUCCACCUGCACCGCCAGGUCCCCCAGGACCACCCGGACCUUUUGGUCCACCAGGAUUACCAGGUCCAUGUGGUGUUGGAGAUCCACCAGGCCCGCCAGGGCCACCUGGUCCUCCAGGUCCACCAGGACCUCCUGGCCCACCAGGACCUCCUGGUCCACCAGGUUGACCUGGUCCUCGAGGAGGUGUUUUUCCACCAGGUCCACCAGGACCACCAGGCCCUCCAGGUCCACCAGGUCCCCCUGGACUGCCAGGCGACAGUGGUCCACCAGGCCCACCAGGACCGCCUGGCCCGUUGGGUCCACCUGGGCCAUUGGGGCCACCAGGGCCAUUGGGUUUUCCAGGUUGUCCUGGAACGUUUGGCACAGUUGGUCCUCCUGGCCCGCCAGGGCCUUUUGGUCCUCCAGGACCACCUUCACCACCAGGUCCACCUGGACCAGAAGGUCCACCAGGCCCACCUGGACCUCCAGGUUGACCUGGACCACCUGGUUUUGUUGGUCCAUUAGGUCCACCUGGCCCAUUAGGUCCACCAGGUCCAUUAGGCCCACCAGGCCCUCCAGGCCCACCGGGACCUCCAGGGCCUUUAGGUCCACCAGGUGUGUUUGGUCCACCAGGUCCAUUUGGCCCUCCUGGACCAUUUGGCCCUCCAGGCCCAUCUGGACCGCCAGGCACACUAGGUCCUUUCGGACCACCUGCUCCACCAGGUCCACCAGGUCCUCCUGGACCACCAGGUCCUCCUGGACCACCAGGUCCUCCUGUACCACCAGGUCCACCGGGACCAUUAGGACCGCCAGGACCAUUUGGUUUUCCAGGUUGUCCUGGAACAUUAGGCACAGAUGUACCACCUGGUCCACCAGGUCCACCAGGCCCACCUGGACCUCCUGGACCACCUGGCCCUCCAGGGCCACCUGGCCCUCCAGGACCAUUGGGUCCUCCGGGCUGUCCAGGUCCACCAGGUGGUGUUGGACCUCCUGGCCCACCUGGUCCAUUAGGUCCACCUGGUCCAUUUGGCCCACCUGGACCACCAGGUGAGAGAGGCCCACUGGGUCCUCCUGGACCACCAGGUCCACCUGGACCACCAGGACCAUUUGGACCACCAGGGCCGUUUGGACCCCCAGGUUGUCCGGGACCAGAUGGCGUAACAGGUCCUCCAGGACCACCUGGUCCACCAGACCCUCCAGGUCCACCAGAUCCGCCAGGGCCUCCUGGUCCACCAGGUCCACCAGGGCCACCAAUUCCACCAGGUUCACCGGGUUUACCAGGACUACCUGGACCCUUUGGUCCACCUGGUCCUCCGGGCCCAUUUGGACCACCUGGUCCACCUGGUCCCCCAGGACCGUUGGGACCACCAGGACCAUUAGGACUACCAGGUCCUCCGGGUCCUUUAGGGCCACCUGGUCCACCGGGUCCACCAGGUCCUCCUGGCCCACCAGGUCCACCUGGACCACCAGGCCCUUCUGGACCACCUGGUCCCUUUGGACCACCUGGACCUUUUGGUCCACCAGGAUCGCCCGGUCCAUGCGUUGUGGGAGGCCCACCAGGGCCACCAGGACCACCAGGACCACCUGGCCCACCUGGACCUCCUGGUCCACCAGGACCCCUAGGUCCACCAGGUUGACCGGGCCCGCCAGUUGGAGUCUUCCCACCAGGACCACCAGGUCCACCAGGACCACCAGGUCCACCAGGACCCCCAGGACCACCGGGUGUUAAUGGACCACCAGGCCCACCAGGACCUCCUGGUCCUUUGGGUCCACCUGGGCCAUUAGGGCCACCAGGACCAUUUGGUUUCCCAGGUUGUCCUGGAAUGUUUGGUACAGAUGGUCCUCCGGGCCCACCAGGUCCUUUUGGCCCCCCUGGACCACCUUCACCACCUGGCCCACCUGGGCCAGAAGGUCCACCAGGACCACCUGGACCUCCAGGCUGCCCUGGACCACUUGGUUUUGUUGGUCCACUAGGUCCACUUGGUCCGUUUGGCCCACCAGGUCCAUUUGGUCCACCAGGUCCAUUUGGUCCACCAGGACCACUUGGCCCUCCAGGCCCAUUUGGACCACCUGGACCACUAGGUCCUUUGGGUCCACCAGGUCCGCCAGGUCCACCAGGUCCUCCAGGACCACCAGGUCCACCUGCACCGCCAGGUCCCCCAAGACCACCAGGACCUUUUGGUCCACCAGGAUUACCAGGUCCAUGUGGUGUUGGAGAUCCACCAGGCCCGCCAGGGCCACCUGGUCCUCCAGGUCCACCAGGACCUCCUGGCCCACCAGGACCUCCUGGUCCACCAGGUUGACCUGGUCCUCGAGAAGGUGUUUUUCCACCAGGUCCACCAGGACCACCAGGCCCUCCAGGUCCACCAGGUCCCCCUGGACUGCCAGGCGACAGUGGUCCACCAGGCCCACCAGGACCGCCUGGCCCGUUGGGUCCACCUGGGCCAUUGGGGCCACCAGGGCCAUUGGGUUUUCCAGGUUGUCCUGGAACGUUUGGCACAGUUGGUCCUCCUGGCCCGCCAGGGCCUUUUGGUCCUCCAGGACCACCUUCACCACCAGGUCCACCUGGACCAGAAGGUCCACCAGGCCCACCUGGACCUCCAGGUUGACCUGGACCACCUGGUUUUGUUGGUCCAUUAGGUCCACCUGGCCCAUUAGGUCCACCAGGUCCAUUAGGCCCACCAGGCCCUCCAGGCCCACCGGGACCUCCAGGGCCUUUAGGUCCACCAG